AAAACCAGCAUUUUUCCUUCCUUUCUCUCUUCCCCUUCUCAACUCACCCCCGGUACACUCACCGCCCUUUCCAUCAUCCCCUCCCUCAGAGAUCUGUUCAUCAUCUCGGCGUUCUAUAGGACGGAUCUGUGAUUUUGUUAUAUAAACUUUGGGAGGUUUUCCCGUCUCAUUGAUCGCUUCUUUCUUCUCUCAUCGUCUCCAAUGGCUGCUCCUCCGGCGAGGGCUCGGGCCGACUACGACUACCUCAUCAAGCUCCUCCUCAUCGGCGACAGUGGUGUUGGAAAAAGUUGUCUUCUCUUGCGUUUUUCAGAUGGGUCUUUCACCACCAGUUUCAUUACAACUAUUGGCAUUGACUUUAAAAUAAGAACUAUUGAGCUGGAUGGCAAACGAAUCAAACUACAAAUUUGGGAUACAGCUGGUCAGGAACGGUUUCGAACUAUUACAACUGCUUACUACAGAGGCGCCAUGGGUAUUUUGCUUGUUUAUGAUGUUACUGAUGAGUCAUCAUUUAACAAUAUAAGGAAUUGGAUUAGGAACAUUGAACAGCAUGCUUCUGAUAAUGUAAACAAGAUUUUGGUUGGCAACAAGGCUGACAUGGAUGAAAGCAAAAGGGCUGUAUCCACCGCUAAGGGACAAGCACUUGCAGAUGAAUAUGGGAUCAAAUUUUUUGAGACUAGUGCAAAAACCGACCUUAAUGUGGAGCAGGUUUUCUUUUCAAUAGCUCGAGAUAUCAAACAAAGACUUGCAGAAACAGAUUCUAAAGCUGAGGAUCGAACAAUCAAGAUCAACAGGCCUGAGGUGGCUGGUGAUGCCAAAGCUCCUGAGCGAUCAGCUUGCUGCGGUGCUACAUGAAGUCGUAAAUCAUAGUAUAGUUAUUUGUCUUGAACUCUAUUCGAAGCCAAUUGGCUCAUAUAGCUUAUGAUGUAUUGGAGAUGAUGAUAAUAAUACAGUGUGCUACUGCUUGUAUUUCUAAUCCUAUCAUUCUUUUCGAGUAUUUA